AUGGUAGACAUAUAUGAGGCCAUGAAUAUUCAUUCAUACAAGACAAAACAUGGAAGGUUGGUCGUGAAAUCAAGAUUUGCAGGUGGACAUGUCUUGCGGAAUUUUGAGCAUGCGUUGGCACCACCAUCUACGCAGGGAAUCAAGGCACUGAUUGAAAAGUAUCGCUGCACAGAAGAGGCAAGUAUUCAACUUGAUGCCACUCUGUUACCUGGAAAUCCAGAAAUUGAGGUUUUGGUUGGGAACCGAAAUCAUCGUUGGAGUGCAAUCAAGGUGAGGGGAACAAAUAAAGUGGCAGAUUUGAAGAACAAAACUAAGGAUAUUGGGGGCUUAACCAAUGAAAAGAUUUACAAAGCACAGGAAGUGGAAGAAAGCCUAGAAUCACCAUGGGCAGAAAGGAUAUGCAGAAGACUUGACCAGUCGAUAAAUGUGCAAAUGGAUUUUGCUGGGGCCAGGGAGCUUGCAUACUUCAAAGAAUGCAAUCAUAAAAAGCAGCACUCGGUUCAAGAAGAGGGAAACAAGCUUCCACUCUUCCUUAUCAGACGUGGUUGCGCUAAAAUGACAGAGACAGUUUCACCCCGUGACAAAACCCUUCCAGGAUCUUUCUCUUGA